AUGGCAACAAGUGAGAAGAUUAUCAGUACAAGAAGGAUGUUUAACAAAUGUACCUUGAAUGUGGGCUAUAAGAUAUCUCCUCCUCAUGUUAUUGAGGUAAAUCAAACACUUACAGGAAUCGAAGUUGACCUUUUAAGCUUACUAAGUGAGAAACUUGGAUUCCAACUUAAUUUCAUCGAUAGCGUGACGUUUUGUGACGCAGGAGGAAAUCAUGCAAAAGUUUUGAUGAACAAAUUGGAGAGCCAGGAAAUAGAUUUCGCGAUUGGAGGUUUAAUAAGGACAGAAACUAGAUGCAUUCCUUUUGACUGUAGUCACACAAUGAAUAUGAAAUGUCAACUUGUUUGGUGUGUACCUCGUGUACCAGACCGAAUGGGAAGUAUUUUGGCAGGUUACAUCUGGAACGAUGUUUGGAUCUAUGUCUUGAUGUUAUAUUUAUCUCUGACCAUCUGCACUUGGUUUGUUAGCCGUUCCCAAGACAGUUACUUCAAGUAUUUGCUUAAUAUAAUGUUCGCUUACUUUGCAGCAAUAUUCAUGGUUGCUCAAAAUCGACAACCAAAGACAUGGUAUGGCAGAUACUUCUUUAGUUUAAUUUUAUUGUUGGGAAUGUACAUGGGCAUUAUUCUUGGUGACGUAGUUACAAGCAUACUAACCAGCCUAUACAAAACCGAAAGGUACAACACUCUAGAUGAUAUAUACAAGUAUGAUUUACCUACACAUUUCGCUUUCCACUUUUUACGUUAUAAGAAAAAUGAGAGUGAUGAACAAUAUUUGUUUGGGGUACCUAUUAAAACGAUGAAAAGAAAAUGGAUAUAUUCAAAAGACGUAACAGAAGCAUUAUCGAAUGUCACAAAAAAUCAUAUUUCGUUUUGCUUAUCUGACACCCAAUUGAGCUAUUGUAUGACGAAUGACGAGAAAGUGAGAAGCAUUAGAAGCAAAAUAAAGUGUAUCAAAAACCCCAAUGAACCGAGUGCUGACGUGAUAAUAUGGAUGAGAAAACAAUUCCUUCAGUCUGAAGCGUUUGUUAAGAAUCUAAAGAGAAUCAUAGACGCGGGGUUUAUAGAAAAAUGGACGAAUUACUUGUAUCUGCAGGAUAUCAGUCAACGAUCAGUUGUCAGAGAGGAAGCUAUAAAGGAUGCAGAAAUAAAAUUUGAAGAAAUUAAGACGAUAUUUGUUCUACUGCUUGUCGGACAUGCCUUAGCUGCUUCCGUACUUAUACUGGAACUAUGGUAUUCGAAGAGAUCCAGGAAAUAUUGA